UACCGUCGCGUUCUGUAAUGUCCUGCUUUAUCGUUUGAGUAGGUAACAAACCACAAGUGAACAAAAUUCAAGAUUCUAUUUGAGUAAUGUUUUCAUGAGUUUGUUGUGAAAAAUAGAAGUAAUUAUGGCAGAAAUACAACACAGCAGAUUUGAGAAAUCAUUAGGAUUAUUAACUACGAAGUUUGUCAAUCUGUUACAAAAGUCAAACGGAGGUGUAUUGGACCUUAAAGUUGCUGCCGAUCUCUUGGCUGUGCGUCAAAAGAGAAGAAUUUACGACAUUACAAACGUAUUGGAAGGAAUUGGAUUAAUUGAGAAAAAGAGCAAAAACAGUAUCCAGUGGAAGCCUUUUGCUUAUAGAGAAGCCAUUCCUGGCUGUAACUCCCAAGAAUUCACAGAUAAAGUUGCCCAUUUAAAGAAGGAACUGCACAAACUUGAAGAAUAUGAAAACAUGUUGGACCGACAUAAAAUGUGGAUAGAACAGAGCAUAAAGAACAUCACAGAAGAUAUUGACACACAACGAUAUCUUUUUGUUACAGAAAGAGAUUUUGCAAAGUUGUAUGAUCAAGAAAAAACAGUAUUAGUGAUAAAUACACCUUUGAACACAAGUGUUCAAGUACAGGACUCAAAACUUGAAAAUAAUUAUGAACUUAAAAUUAAAUCAAGUUCCGUACCUAUAACUGCCAAUUUAAAGGCAGAUAGUAGCAAUGAAGAAGAAAGUAGUAGUAGAAAGAGGAAAAGAAGUACAGAUACAGGACAAAAUAAGGGCUAA